AUGGGAAAUCGGCCGGCUAGUAACACACGUCGGAGUACAUGUACUAUUGGCCGACAAGUGCCUCGGAAUGAAAUGGGUCAGCAGGAAGUCAACAACUUAACUGAGUGCCGUUUACCUCGGGUUGCCAAGGUACAACCCUCAGAGGUUGUGUUCGUCCGUUUCUCACACCUUUUGUGUUGGACAGGCCCAUCUGCCGGACUAUUUGCUGCGGCCCCAAAGGUACUGACGACAGACCAUCCAAACUCCCUCCCUCUUUCUCUCUCUCUCGCUCUCUCUCUCUAUCACUCCAUCUCUCUAUCUAUCUCUCUCUAA